AUGACGCCCACACCAACAAUCAAGGACCGCCUGGCCAAGGCUGUCGGCUACGACUCGGACGAUCGAGACGACGAUGUUCCUUCAAUUUCCAAUGCCGACCUCUUUAUCGAGCAUGAACCAACUGUCGGCGAGUUCCUUGCCGAAAUCACGCCAACGUUCAAAGGCGUUGUGAAUUAUGUGGCCAACCUGUUUCCGUUUGUUCAUUGGAUCGGCAAGUACAAUCUGACUUGGUUGAUUGGGGAUCUUGUUGCAGGUAUUACGGUUGGCGCUGUUGUCGUUCCGCAAGGAAUGGCAUACGCCCAGCUCGCCCAGCUUGAUGUCGAAUAUGGGUUGUACACGUCAUUCAUGGGUGUUUUGAUCUAUUGGUUCUUUGCUACUUCCAAGGAUAUUACCAUUGGUCCUGUCGCGGUUAUGUCUCAGGUUACAGGAAACAUUGUUCUCAAAGCCAAAGAUGAACUGCCCGACGUUCCUGGCCACGUUGUGGCAUCUGCCCUCGCUAUUAUCACCGGUGCUAUUAUUCUGUUCCUCGGACUGGCCCGCCUGGGCUGGCUUGUCGAGUUCAUCUCGCUCCCAGCUAUUUGCGCAUUCAUGACUGGAUCUGCUAUCAACAUCAUCUCCGGGCAGGUGCCUAAACUGAUGGGAAUCAGUGGCGUCAAUACCCGUGAUGCACCAUAUAUGGUCAUUAUCAAUACCUUGAAGGCCUUGCCCAAGACCCAAUUGGACGCGGCUCUUGGCCUGACUGCCCUUCUCAUGUUGUACCUCAUUCGGGGAUUCUGCUCCUUCAUGUCCAAGAAGCAACCUCAUCGUGCAAAGACAUACUUUUUUCUCUCGACACUCCGCACCGUCUUUGUUAUUCUGUUGUACACCGCGAUCAGUGCUGGUGUCAAUGUCAGCCAUAAGAAGAAGCCGAGUUUUAGUCUUAUCAAGGAUGUGCCUCGAGGUUUUCAACAUGCUGCUGUUCCGGAAGUGAACACGUCAAUCAUCAAAGCCUUCGCCUCUGAGAUUCCGGCCGCUGUCAUCGUCAUGCUCAUUGAACACAUCUCUAUCUCCAAGUCUUUUGGCCGAAUCAACAACUACGUCAUUGACCCGUCUCAGGAGCUUGUCGCCAUCGGCGUUACCAAUGUCCUUGCCCCAUUCCUUGGAGCGUAUCCUGCUACCGGAUCUUUCUCUAGAACCGCUAUCAAGUCCAAAGCUGGUGUUCGAACUCCUUUCGCCGGUGUUAUUACUGCGAUUGUCGUUUUGCUGGCUCUGUAUGCUUUGCCUGCUGUGUUCUAUUACAUCCCUAACGCUGCUUUGGCUGCUGUCAUCAUCCACGCUGUGGGUGAUGUCAUCACACCCCCAAAAGUCAUCUUUCAAUUUUGGAGAGUCGCGCCGUUGGAGGUGCCCAUUUUUCUGGCGGGUGUCUUGGUGACGGUGUUCAGCACCAUUGAAAAUGGUAUUUAUACUACAAUGGGCGUCUCUGCUGCUGUCCUGGUGUGGCGCCUGUUUUUGAGCAGGGGCAGGAUGCUUGGAGUGGCUCGUAUCCGCACUGCGAGAGCCAACCAGAAACUUGGAGAGAAGCAAGCUGGUGAUUCAACGGUUGCAGAGGAAUCCAACGAGUCUCUGCGGAAAGGAUUCUUGCCUCUUGACCAUGAGGACGGAUCUAAUCCGAGGGUGGUUGUUCAGAGCCCUUACCCUGGCGUCUAUAUCUACAGAUUUGCGGAAGGCUUCAACUAUCCCAACGCGAGUCGGUACCUCAAUCAUCUUACCGAAGUUAUCUUUGCGGAAACCAGGCGAACAGAUCCCGGUCUUCUGGGUAAACUAGGGGACCGAGCCUGGAAUGACAGGACGCCACGAAACCUGGACACUACGAAGGCUGACACCCGGCCGACGUUGAAAGCCAUCAUCCUCGACUUUUCCUCGGUCAACAACAUUGAUGUCACUGCUGCGCAGUCCUUGAUCGACGUGCGAAACCAACUGGAUCGCUAUGCUGCACCCGGCACUGUCGACUGGCACUUUGCUAACAUUGAGAACCGCUGGACAAAGCGGGCACUUGCAGCAGCAGGUUUCGGAUACCGGUCACCAAAGCCCGGGCCUGGCGAAGGACCAGGACAUUGGAAGACCAUCUUCAGCAUUGCAGAUCUUGGUGGUUCAGACAGCGCUGCCAAGGCGGCUGAGGCGGCUGAGAUUGGGGAUAAGAAGUCUGUGCGAGAGUACGACAUUGAACAAGCUGGAUCGGAUUCAUCACGAUUGUCAGACAAGGACGUGCCUAGAAACCCUGGUAGUGCACAGUUGGUGGCAAUUCAGGGACUGAACAGGCCGUAUUUCCAUUUUGAUUUACAAGAAGCGGUAGAGUCGGCGAUUGCGAACUCGGAGCAGAAGGGAUAA